AUGCUCAUCAAAGUCAAGACACUCACCGGCAAGGAGAUCGAAAUCGAUAUCGAGCCCAAUGACAAGAUCACCCGUAUCAAAGAACGUGUCGAGGAGAAGGAGGGUAUCCCCCCAGCACAGCAGCGUUUGAUUUUCGGAGGAAAGCAGAUGGCUGAUGAUCGUUUGGCGUCGGACUACAACAUCGAGGGCGGCUCUGUUCUUCAUUUGGUGCUUGCUCUUCGCGGAGGUUGCUAA